AUGCUGCUGCAGAAGGAUCCAGCUUUAAGGCCAACUGCAGCACAAUUGAUCGAAGCAAAGUAUUUCAAAGAGGAAUUUAGCUGCUGCUCCGAGCCGUUCGCUUCUUCUCCAUCUCUCACGUUGCAGAAGCAGCAGCAGCAGCAGCAGCAGCACCAGGAACUAGGGAGCUGCACUCCUGCUGCAAAGGGGUGCCGCGGGCGGCGUUGCAGCCAAAGCGCAGCAGCAGCAGGAGCCCCGCCACCAGCAGCAGCAGCAGCAGCAGCAGGAGCAGGGAAGGGGGAGCAGCAGAUAGAAAUAGAUUUAUCGCAUGUUGAGGCCUGCAGCUGGGCUGCGGUGUAUCAACGGAAGACGAGUUUGUCUUUGUGUGGGGAGUUGGGAUCGGUGGGGAGCGGCUUUUCGUCUCCCGACCCCACAUCGCCUCCCCUUUCAUUUGAGCUGCCUGCAGACUUCUCUCCCGCUCCUGCUGCUGCUGCUGCUGCCGCUCCUGCAGCAGCAGCAGCUAAUGAUGUUGCGGAGGAGGAGGGGUGCAGAGCUAACGCAGAAGUAAAGAAAGACAAAACAGCAAGGCAGAGAAGAAGGUCUCGUAAAGAUGCAGCAAGAGCAUCAGCUGCAGCACCAGGUAGACACUCCUCUGCUGCUCCAGCUGCUGCUCCUGCUCCUGCUGCUGCUGCACCUGCUGCUGUGCGUGGUACUGCUGCUGCGGCUGGCGCGAACAAGGGCAAGCAGCAGCCGAAGACACGGCGAGCAGCAGCAGAAGCUGCAGCAGCAGCAGCAGCAACAGCAAGAGCAGCAGCCCUUGCUGCUGCUGGACUCGCGAAGCGGCAAGACUCUCGCCUUCAGUAG